AUGCAGGUGAUAGCGGAAUGUUACUAUGCAAGUAAGAAAGUUGACGAUGGAAAACUGGAGUCAUCUCCUUUGUCACACAGUUUAGUUGUCCCUCUGAGUAAAAUGAAACAAUUUGUUGGAGGUUUAAUUUCCCUGAUAUUUGUGUCUGAAAUAUGUUGUGUGGUUUGGGCGUCAGGUUGCGAAAAUCCACUUGAUCCUAAGAAGAAUGACCUGAUGGGAGAAAAUGGGAAAAUAAAUUUUGAAAAUGUCAUCUAUCGUGUAAACAAGACAAUAGGAACAAAUAUGACCGAAAUUGAAAAGUAUCUUACUGGCGAUGACUGUGUAAAUGUUGCUGACUGUGUCUUGGAAUUCAAAGUAAAAUGGAACAAGGAAUUAGGAAUUUGUAUUACUUCAUCAAAUGAAAGAAAAUGUAUUGAAAUAAAAUGUGAUUGCCAGAAAACUUGUCGAUUGAAUCUAUGUAAUUCUGAUGUCAAAUUAGUUUGUACAGUCAAAGCAAAGAAUAAUAAACAUCGCUCACGCGAGGACAAUCUUACAGAAAACAUUACUGAAGAUAGAAAUUCGAAUGAUUCUCAACAACAAUCAUCAACUAUAAGAGCUGAUGAUAUUUCUAAUGAUCGAUAUACUACUACCAAUCCUUCUACAAUUCCUUUGGAGCAAACAGGAAAAAAUAGGUUUGAAGAUGCAGAUGGUUUUCUAUGGUUUACAACGGGUGCCUUUGUCGUUGGCGUUUUCUGUGGAAUGCUUUUAUCCAUGGCCAUAAUCUUCAUAUGCAAGAAGAGUAAAAACAAUAAGGUUAAGAGAAUGAAGUCUGAACAUUCCGUGGGACAGGAUGUACCUCUAAUCAACUCAGACCUGGCAGACUCACCCGUCUACUCAGAAAUUACAGAACAAAAACAAAAUGACAUCGUUCAAAAAUCCCAAAACAACGACAAGCCACAAUACAGUUCUCCAGUAUACGUCGGAGAAUACGUUGAACCAGUAAACAGAGAUAGAAAUCCAACGCUUCUGCAGGACAGAAAGUCAAACUUUGUAAAUAGUUCCAAUGUAUCUAAACAAUAUAUGCCUGCCGUAAUAUCAGCUACAGAUCAAAAGGGAGAUAUUUCUGAUCCGUGCAAUCACGUAUACAAUCAUUUACAACUAGGUAUAGAAUCCGUAGAUCGUUGGCAAGAGAGAAAUGAAAACGUUUCAUUGUCUAGUGAAACAGAAACUUCAAUAAAUUAUGACGAGCGAAUUGAGAAAGGUCAAGACCAGGAUUCAAGAAAUACUUCUGUCCAGAAAACAGACAAUCUAAACGAUAUUUUGGACGAGCAACAAACAGGUUCUGAGAUGGGAUCGCAUUCUGCAUGCAUACCCCCUUUUCUCUCAGACGUCUCUGAAGAAGAAGAAAUAGAGAAAAAAAAUGUUAACCAAAUAUUAUCUAGUGACCAGGAAAACGAAUAUUUUCUAUUGGAGAAAAUCUACCCAUAGUUAGAGAAGAUGAGCAUUGUUUUUUUCCCCUAUCAACUUUAAAGCAUGACAAUAAUUAUAAUAACAUAAUAUUUACCAAACCGGGAAUGUAAAAAGUAAACGCUUUUAAUUAGCAAUUUAUAUUUUUCUAUUUUCAUGAAAAUGAUGGAUGCAAA